AUGUCGUCGAUAUUAGGAGACACAACAGCUACCGCCAAAAUCGAUACCGUCACCACCAUCAAUCCAGCCAGACAUGCAAAGAAAAGAAUGUCGCCCAUGGAAAUCCCAGAACUGUUGUUCAAGAUAUCCUCUUUCACUGACUCCCGAACCCUCUCCCACACCGCCGUCCUCGUCUGUCGGCACUGGUUCCUGAUGAUCUACUCCUCUGUAACCAACAACCGCGGAAUCUACUUCAACGAAGACGAGACUAACUUGCUGUUGAACAAGGCUCUCUUGGGCUUACCUUGGUCCAGGUGGUUGAGGUGGCAUUCGUUGUCACUGCUUGAUAACCAAGGAAUUCAGAGGAAGGUGUUGGGUGGGAUGUUGAGGGAGAAGUCUAAGCAGUAUCAACGUCUUCUGGCCCGGGAUCAGGAUAACGCUGACCAGGCGCAGCUUAUGACCGCGACUACUGAUGAUAGUGCCCUCUACUCACAGGGCGGUCAGCCAGUCUCACGGGAGGAUAUCCUAGUCCUGACCCGAUUACGGGAACAUGCCAAGUUGCCGUUGCGGGAACUGGAGAUUGGCGGAAAGAUUGAUUAUAAUAAGCGGAUUGCUCCUCUGUCACCGUUUUUGUCUUCGUUGACUGUCCUGAGGAUUCAUUUGAGGGACUGGUUUGGAGUGCAGUUGGAUAGUCUCCUUGAGGCCAUGCCAUUGCUUGAGAGAAUUGAUCUAAGAAACAUCGAGACCCUCACCGUUUCAGCCGCAACGACUACUACAACAGCAGGACAGGGACAAGCCUCGGCUCGAAAGCUGUCUCGUCUGCGGUCCCUCAUCUUUGAGCACUCUCGCAUUGACCAACUCGAACCUGAAGGCUUUUUGGCAAGGACAACUCAACUACAGGAACUGAAAUUGAUCAAACUGUUGUCCGAGUGGCGUACAAUCUACUGCCACAAGACCUUCCACCCUAUGAUGCCCCGCGACUGCUGUGCCACCUUCAAGACCUCAACCUACCGCUACAUACCUUGCAUGUCUCGACAUUCGACAUAG